AUGAGUGAAACCCCCUCGAAGAGAUUGAAAGCGUGCAGUAUUUUGUAUGGGUUCAUCUCAGGGGGUACACUACUUACCCAUCUACAGACUUCAGGGGUGCAAUCUCAACCUACGUACACCAAUCUCAAACCAAACGGUGUUCGUAUUGAUGAGGGUACCCUACUUAACUUGGCUUGGCAGGUUGCUAAAGGGAUGCAGUUCCUUGCAUCUAAGAAUAUCAUCCACGGCGCUCUCUGCGCUCAUAAUGUGUUGCUAGGAGAAAGAAAGGAAUGUAAGAUAUCAGAUUAUGGACUUUCUUCAUCGAUCUUUGGUGACGUAGCUAAACCAACUAGAUGGAGUUCACCAGAAACCAUGGCAACGGGUGACGAAACAACAGAAGGAGACAUUUGGUCUUUUGGUAUCGUACUGUGGGAAAUCGUGACACUGGGUGCAAGGCCAUACCCAAAUAUGGCAGUCAGCACGGUUCAGACGGAGGUUGCUAAUGGUUACCAGAUGCCACGCCCUCGUCACUGUGCACAAGAAGUGUAUGCGGUUAUGGCUGGUUGCUGGGACAAGGAACCCCAAGAUCGGAGUAACUUUGAUCACAUCCUGAAGAGUAUGGAAAUGAUUUUAGAAAAAACACAUAGUUACUUGUCUUUGACUAACUUGGAUGAAGGGUUGUAUGCGUCUACUAUGGACAUUUGA